UCUGAACUAUGUAUAUGGAUUAAAACGCAAUCGUGGCCGACUCAAAGUUCAAGUGUAGUUAUAAGUCAGCCGCUUUCACGUAAUUGAAAUAAGUUUGUGUUCAGUUUCAUUAGUUGUGAGGGCUGGAUAACAAGUUUGGAAUACAGGCCUACAAGGUUAAAGAACAUUCAACUUCAUUCAAUAGGAUGAGCACUGAUCAUAUAUCCGCCAUCAAAAAAAUGAAUCGUACAGUGUUACUUAUCACACUUUUGGUGAUAGUGAUGAUAGUUGUUUAUUGUGUGCUAGGAAUAGUAAUUGUCAACAUUGAAAACAAAUAUCGUACCUUGAAAGAUGAGAAUUCCAAGAUAACUGACAAAUUGUGUCGUUUGAGUAGAUGCAAUGAUUGGACUGAAUGGUCACAAUGUGAAACAAGUAUGUAUGGCGGGCGGUUUGGAAUCCAAAAACGAAACAGAACAUGCGGUGGCAAUACCGAUACGUGUUAUGGAAGUUCCUCUAUUGAUGUACAGUUUGAGUCUACAAUUUGCGAGCAAAUUUGUCCAAACCAGUACCAAAUGUAUAAUUACACAUAUAAUUGGAUUUGCCUGAAGAUCUACGUAAAUCUAAUGAAUCGAAGUGAUGCGGAGAAUACUUGUCGUCGUGACGGUGGGCAUCUUGUUAAUAUCGACUCUGAGCAAAAGGCUAAAUAUAUAGAAAAAUUACUGCACAAUCAUUCGAUAGACUGUGGAGGCAUAUGGAUAGAUGGUAUCCGGUCUGAAGGCAGUCAUGAAUGGAGACACAAUGUUCAACCUACAAAUCCUUCCUUCACCUAUUGGGAUGAAAGGCAGAACGAACCUAACUUAAAUUCUGGUGAACUGUGCAAGGUUUUCUAUUUUGGAGCGAUAUCAAGAUUGUGGCGAUGGCACGAUGCAUAUUGUAACAGGGAAAAUAAGUUUUUAUGUGAAAUAAUCAGACAAUUAAACUAAACAUGAUCUCGAUUGAUCUUCGUGUCUAAGUACUUUUCAUGUAUGUUUCCAAGUUAAGGUACGUAAACUUUCCAGCGUACAGUGAUAAUUUCACGGACAAUGAAAUUCCGGGAGUAAAAAUCUAAAAUUCACAUAACAAUAUAUAUAGUUAUGCGGGUAUAAACUUUUCAAGUUCUCGAAGUUUCGUAUACGAAAGAAUUUACCUAUGUUGAAAUUAAUUGAUACCCCUUUGAUGUUUUUUAAGACCGUUGUUUGCAUUUGAUGUGUUCUUUUUUAAGUGUUUUGUCUACUUAGGUAUUACGGCGCAUCAAUACAGAUUGGGUCAUAAGGCGAUGGAACACACAAUUAAAUUAAAGCUAGUUUUAUGACCUUAGCUCUAGCAAGCGCAUGUUUUGACAUUGACAAGCUUUAUCUUCUCUAUUCUAAAACUAAUCUACUAGCUAAUCGUGUUAAUAUGUGAACUUUGGUGUAAAUUUAGAAUAAACAAGUUCAUACAUAUUUUCAAAUUUACUUCUGUCAUACAACAUAAUAUAUUAAUUGGUGUUCGUGUUCAAUAUAUUCAAAGACAUCGUUAAGAGAUACAUGAAACAUAUAAUGAAAUACAAUAUUUCAAGCACAGACCAAAUAAUUUAAAGUUAAAAACUGCUGUUGUUAAAAUAUUUACACUAUACUCAACUGAGAAAUACUUUUAAAAAAUAUCUCAACAUCUGUAUAGCAUACAUGUAACUAAAUAUUGUAUUAUAACUGCAUUGCUUAACAAACAUGCUUGAUAAUAAAAUGGCUGGUGGUAAAGGCCCUCCAUUACUAUCAUUUUAUGCAAGGCGAACAUAGUAUCGAAAUCAGUAACGUACUGUGUGAAUAAAAACGUGUUCUUCUUUUUUUAAGCUGCAAAACAUAGAGCACUGUAUAUAACCAUCAAAUAUUACACUGUAUUGCACGAUUGUAAAUAAAAUAUACCUUUCUGAACUAAUAAAUCAUCUGCUAUUUG